UUCAAAUGUUUGGAGCCUUGCAAUGCAGAUCAAGUGCAUUGUAGAACAACUAUAAAAUGAUCUUGUUCUAGUUGUUGAUCAGUUACUAUUCCAGCAAGAUGACUCGAGUUCAGACGUAUCUUAUCAUUGUUAUCGUUUCGGCGUUGAUCUCAACCACUCUGGGAUCGCCAAUUUUCUGGCUUCUUCCGUGGAGCAGCUGGCUCAACCCGAGUACCACAAGCAGUACCAGUAGUGGCACUACGUCAACCAGCACCGCAACGGCACGAACUCCGUCGAACGUGUCCAUAGCGAUCGGAGACCGGACCAACACUACCGCCGGACUGGACGACAUGGGAACCGUCAUUGAUGGGUUGACCAUAAACGCUGGUCGCCGGAGAAGAUCCGCCCAGCAACAGCCGGAAGUGGACUUCAUUCUACCUAGUAACGAGUCCUACAUCCAGAUCGGGAAUCACGUGAUCAGACUUCCGUCACGGAACAUUUCCAACAUUACGAUCAACGUGGUCGACGGAGUUCCGUACGUUGGAGCAGGUGGUGUUCCGGAGCCACCGCAGGGGGUGCCUCCAAAUUUGUUCGACCACAUCAAGAACUUUUUCGACGGGGUCUUCAACCGGACCAACUAAGGCAUUUCCUCGUUCAGUGAAACCCUUCUAGUUUGACAACGUGGUUUAACAAUCCAAUCAUCCGGUUUAUGUUUGAAAGUGUUAGUAAAAUGAGUCAAAAAUAUGAUUUUUAAAUUAUAAAGUGUCAAACCACCGA